AUGGCAACAUGGGAAGCACACCGCCAGCGUUUGCAGGAGACACACGACAGGCGUCGCCAUGCCCUCGGCACUUCGUUGGUGGGCUCCGCCCUCACCGAACGCGGCAUCCCGACACUGCGCGGCCCACGUUUGGCCCAACGACAGGAACGGAGGCGCACGCCCGGAGCCCUGCAGGAAAGACCCUGCGCGAGGCGGGCCGGAGGGGGGCUGGAGCUGCGGCCCAGAGGACAGCACGAGUGGCCGGGGGUGCAGCGGGAGCUGCAGGCGGGGGGGCACAAGGAGCUGCAGGCGGGGGGGCAGCAGGAGCUGCAGGCGGGGGGGCAGCAGGAGCUGCAGGCGGGGGGGCAGCAGGAUCUGCAGGCGGGGGGGCAGCAGGAGCUGCAGGCGGGGGGACAGCAGGAGCUGCAGGUGGGGGGGCAGCAGGAGCCGGCCGGAGGGCGGCAGGCGCAUGAGGCGAUGGAGGUGGAGCAGAGGGCCGGGGAGCAGCAGGAGUUGCGUGCUGGGGGGCAGCAGAAGCUGCAGGCGGGGGGACGGCAGGAGCUGCAGUCGGGGGGACAGCAGGAGCUGCAAGAGGAGGAGGAGGCGCGAGGGGAGCUGCCGGUAGGCGUGCAGGAGGGGAGUCAAAUUGGGAAUCAACCUCAGUCGCAGGAAGGGCGGCGGCAAGGGUGUCAUGAGGCGAACCAGCACUUGACUGGAAGCGUACAACAGGGGUUGCCGAUGGGGGAGUCGCAGGAGUUGCAGGUGCAGGAUCAGCAGGGGGUCACUAGCCUGGGCGGCACGGGCCAAGCGAAAAGGCCGCGGGCGCGGCGCCGAAGGGGGCGACGACAGGGAGGGCAGAGGGCCGGGGGCCAGCCAGGGGUGACCGGAGCAUCCGAGGGAGUGAUACAGCCAGGGGGGCAGCCGGGGGUGACCGGAGCACCCCUGGGAGCGCUACAGCCAGGGGGGCAGCCAGGGGUGACAGGAGCACCCCACGUAGCGCUACAGCCAGGGGGGCAGCUGGGGGCGAUUGGAGCACCCCAGAGAGAGCAGCAGCCAGGGGGGCAACCGGGGGUGACCGGAGCACCCCGGGGAGUGCUACAGCCAGGGGGGCAGCCGGGGGUGAACAGAGCACCCCUGGGAGUGCUACAGCCAGGGGGGCAGCCGGGGGUGACCGGAGCACCCCUGGGAGUGCUACAGCCAGGGGGGCAGCCGGGGGUGACAGGAGUACCCCACGGAGCGCUACAGCCAGGGGAGCAGCUGGGGGCGAUUGGAGCACGCCAGAGAGAGCAGCAGCCAAGGGGGCAGCCUGGGGUGACCGGAGCACCCCGGGGAGUGCUACAGCCAGGGGGACAGCCGGGGGUGACCGGAGCACCCCAGGGAGCGCUACAGCCAGGGGAGCAGCUGGGGGUGACCGGAGCACCCCUGGGAGUGCUACAGCCAGGGGGGCAGCCGGGGGUGACCGGAGCACCCCAGGGAGCGCUACAGCUAGGGGAGCAGCUGGGGGUGACCGGAGCACCCCUGGGAGUGCUACAGCCAGGGGGGCAGCCGGGGGUGACCGGAGCACCGCAGGGAGCGCUACAGCCAGGGGAGCAGCUGGGGGUGACCGGAGCACCCUUGGGAGUGCUACAGCCAGGGGGGCAGCCGGGGGUGACCGGAGCACCGCAGGGAGCGCUACAGCCAGGGGAGCAGCUGGGGGUGACCGGAGCACCCCUGGGAGUGCUACAGCCAGGGGGGCAGCCGGGGCCAGGGGGACAGCCGGGGGUGACAGGAGCACAUCAGGGAGCGCCUUGGCCAGGGGAGCAGCUGGGGGCGAUUGGAGCACCCCAGAGAGAGCAGCAGCCAGAGGGGCAGCCGGGGGUGACCGGAGCACCACUGGGAGCUCUACAGCCAGGGGGGCAGCCGGGGGUGUCCGGAGCACCCCAGGGAGCGCUACAGCUAGGGGAGCAGCUGGGGGUGACCGGAGCACCCCUGGGAGUGCUACAGCCAGGGGGGCAGCCGGGGGUGACCGGAGCACCGCAGGGAGCGCUACAGCCAGGGGAGCAGCUGGGGGUGACCGGAGCACCCUUGGGAGUGCUACAGCCAGGGGGGCAGCCGGGGGUGACCGGAGCACCGCAGGGAGCGCUACAGCCAGGGGAGCAGCUGGGGGUGACCGGAGCACCCCUGGGAGUGCUACAGCCAGGGGGGCAGCCGGGGGUGACAGGAGCACACCAGGGAGCGCUACAGCCAAGGGAGCAGCUGGAGGCGAUUGGAGCACCCCAGAGAGAGCAGCAGCCAGGGGGGCAGCCGGGGGUGACUGGAGCACCCGUGGGAGUGCAACAGCCAGGGGGGCAGCCGGGGGUGACCGGAGCACCCCUGGGAGUGCUACAGCCAGGGGGGCAGCCGGGGGUGACCGGAGCACCCCUGGGAGUGCUACAGCCAGGGGAGCAGCUGGGGGUGACCGGAGCACCCCUAGGAGUGCUACAGGCAGGGGGGCAGCCGGGGGUGACCGGAGCACCCCAAGGAGUGCUACAGCCAGGGGGGCAGCCGGGGGUGACCGGAGCACCCCUGGGAGUGCUACAGACAGGGGGGCAGCCGGGGAUAGAGCAGCAGCCAGGGGGGCAGUCAUUGGACGACCGGGAGCAGCAGUUGGAGGAGUGGUGCCGACUUUUGGAGUUUGAUACCCCCAUGGCGACUGCGGAGGAGUCAGAGGCGGACGGAGAACCUCCCAUGCAGCCUUCCCCAUGCCCUCGUUUUCUGUGUGACACGUGUUUUCACACGUUCGCUACGCGAGGGGCUGCUGCGAACCACAUGAGGGUAUGCCGGGCGGCUGAGGCGGAGAGGCGCGCGCAGGCACUUGGCUCGACCCCGUCACUGGUGGAGACCGACACGCAGGAGCGACCGACGCCGCGGGAAUUUGGGGACGAGGCGUGGGCCGGGGUUACGUCUUGGGAAUGGGAAGCAUUUUUCAGUGUGGAGGCGGUUGGAGGGAGGACAGUGCGCCGGAUCCCACAGCGGGCUCGGUCGGGGGUCUUAGACGCGCUCUGUUGCGUCUUAAAGCGUUUGAAGAGCCGGCCGGGGGAUGAAGCCGCUACCCUCCUACUCUUGGCUUUUCCGCGCUUCAUCCUAGCCGUGCCUCCCAAGCCAGGCAUAGGACAGAAGGCGCUGAUCAUAGAGCGGUUGGGGGCGUUUUGGGAGGGGAGGUGGCGGGAGCUGUUCGACUCCGCCAUGGUGGCGGCGUGGCCAGCAGUACGCCCACUUGCCUACACUUGCUCUGACCAGGACCCGGAUGCCAUCCGCCUGUCACGGUGCCGAUCUCGGUGUAAAGUGGGAGAGUGGAGCUGCGGAUUGGCUUGCCUUACGGCAGGGGAGUUGGCACGGCCGUCUGAGGCCAUGGUGCAGUCGCUGCGAGAGAAGCACCCUGCUAGCACUAGCGAGGUACCACAGUGGGUCCGUGAUUUCACCGUCGAUGCUCCUCAGCGGCCUCCACUCACGGCCGACAUCCUGGCCAGAACUAUCCAUACAGCCGCUCACGCUUCAGCAGCAGGGCCAUCGGGGUGGGUCACGGAGCAUCUGCGCGACACCUUCCUCACUGAACCUUCCUGCCUUUCCCACCUGUUGGAGGUGUUCAACCAAUGGGUGGCGGGACAGGUCCCCGAGCGGGCUCGGCCCUGGCUCGCCGCAUCCAACCUAGUUGGGCUUUCCAAGCCUAACGGCGACGUCCGGCCGGUCGCGAUUGGGGAAGUGCUUCCGCGUAUCCUUGCUCGAGCUCUCUGCAUCUCGCUCCGCCCUACGAUGGCUUCCUACUUUCUGCCGUGCAACCAGCUGGGAGCGGGCACCAGGGCCGGGGUAGAGAUUCUUACCCAUUCUUUCCAGUCAACGCUGGCUACUCACCCCGACUGGUGUGCGCUGCAGAUAGAUGUCGCGAACGCCUUCAAUUCGUUUCACCGUCAUGCGAUGUUUGAGGGGCUGCGGGAGUCGCCUUUCUCAGGGUUGAUCCCAUUCUUACGUGUUUUCUACGGGACACCUAGCGAUCUGUACCUCCGAGCGGGCCCUUUUGUACAGAGCCUUGAGUCGGCACGAGGAUCGCGGCAGGGGGACCCGCUCGGCCCUUUCCUUUUCGCGUUCACGCAGCAGCAGGUGAUGGAGUCGGUGACUAGAGAGUUCAGGGACCUACUUUUCCUGAGCUACGUUGACGAUACCUAUAUCCUGGGACCGGCGGCUAGGAUUCUAGAGGCGUUUGGGGCGCUGCGGGAGCGGUUGGAAUGGGUGGGGCUGGAGGUGCAAGCGCACAAGUGCCAGUUUUGGGAGCGCGAGGGCGGGGAUGUGGAGCUGGCACUGCCAUUGGGGAUGCAGCGGGUGGAGGAGGGUCUCACUGUGGUGGGCGUGCCUAUUGGGGAGGAGGGUUGGGAGGUGACCCGGUUACGGGAGCGGCUUAGACAGUUGCAGGCGCCAUUGCCAUGGCUCCCCCUGCUCGACCACCCCCAGAUGGCUUCACAUCUUCUCGCCAUUGCAGUUUCAGCACGGCCGAUGUACCUGGCCCGGACUAUGCCGCCGCGUCCGGAGGUGGUGGAGGCCUUCAGGGAUUGGGAUAGCUGUCUGGAGGAUUGCUUUGAGCAGCUUUUCCCACCUGGCACUUGGGAGCAUGACCCCGACCGGUCUAGGCGCGCGCCCAUGCAGCUGCAUCUCCCUGUGCGACUCGGAGGGUGUGGGAUCCGGACAGCAGCCUCUUUGAGUCCGCUGUCCUAUGUUUGUGGGUGGGCGCAGGCCGCGCGUGAUAUUGCACAGUUGGGGGUGGCGGGCGAGGAGGCGAUGUUUGCGGAGUACCUCACCACUUCGGCAGGGGCGGAGUUUCUUGACCCGUGGUUUGCCAAGGCUCUUGAGCAGCUGCCUGCGACUAUACGCCAGGAGAUGCCGGGCUUACCUCUGUGUGUAGCGGCCCCUCCUCUUCGGCUUUUCCAGGCGUGGCAGCGGUUGUUGGCGGUAGAGGAGCUCCAGACACUGCGUCGCUCGGCUCGUGACGAUGGCACCCUGGCCCGUUUCACAUCCCUUCAGGGCCCGGGGGCUGGUGAAUGGGUUUCGGCGGUUCCGGCUCACUCAGAUCUCACAUUCACGGCGGCGGAGUGGGGCAUUGCUGCUGCUAUACGGCUCGGGCUCCCAAUUCAGCAGCUGCAGGUGGCGAGGAGGUGUGUUUGUGGCACAGCAUAUGUUGACCCAGCAGACCCGCAUCAUGCCCUGAGAUGCAAGCACCAGCAUGGUCCAUCUCGGGUACAUGAUGAGGUGAAGUUUGCGGUGGCGAAGAUCUCUAAGGCGUCUGGGGGGGUGGUGACAAUGGAGGAUAGUGUGGUGCUGCAGGGGAAGCGGGUUGAUGUGGCAGUGCGACGACCAAUGGCUGGAGAGGCUCACGCCCUGGAGAUCAGCGUCGCGGACCCGCUAUCGCUGUCUCCAUCUUUGCUAGGACAACGUGGGGGUGUCUCGGCGGUCGCUUUCGGAGGUGGCUUCGUCAAGCAGGGAGAUGUGCACGUGGGGCUAGUUGUGUCGCGAGGGGCUUGUCGAGAGGACGACACUGUGUUUUCGGCUUAUCUUCUAGGGUCACUGAAGGCGCUCAUUGGGGUGGCGUUGCAACGUGCGCAAGCCUGUGUCAUCCUGCUUCGAGCGGCGUCUUCUAUGGGGGGGAUUAACGUUGACUUGGUGGACCGGGAGUGGGACGAUGGCGAUGCGGAAGGCGGGGCUCUCUGGGUGGAGGCCCCGUACAUGGUGGAUUCGCUGUUGUGA